AUGGCUUUUAGCUACGAAACUUCACCUAUGGCUUCCAACUACAACUCCCACAAGAAAUUUCUCAACAAUGGCACAAAACUCAUGCACCAAACCCAAGUAGUCGUAGUGAUUGUACCUUUCCCAGCCCAAGGCCAUCUCAACCAACUCCUCCACCUCUCUCGUCUCAUUUCAUCCUACAACUUACCAAUCCAUUUCGUUGGCACAACUCAGCACAAUCGUCAAGCCAUUGUUCGUGUCCAAGGUUGGGACCCAAAAUCGAUUUCCAAAAAUGUUCACAUUCAUGACUUCAAAGUUCCAACCUUUAUCUCACCUCCUCCAAACCCAAAUGCGAAAUCUAGAUUUCCGUCUCAUCUUUUUCCUUCCUUUGAAGCUUCCUCUAAUCUUCGUGAACAUGUAGCUACGCUUUUGCACUCUCUUUCUUCCGUUGCUAAAAGGGUUGUUGUCAUUUAUGACUCUCUUAUGGCUUCUUGUGUGCAAGAUGCUAUUCAUAUAAAGAACUGUGAAACUUACACUUUUCAUAGUGUUUCUGCUUUUACCAUGUUUUUGUAUUUUUGGGAUUUAAUGGGAAAGCCUGAAGUGGAAAAAACCAAAAACAUUAUUCCAGAAAAAGUUCCUUCUUUAGAAGGAUGUUUCACUACCCAAUUCAUAGAUUUCAUUACUUCACAAUAUGAGUUUCAUAAAUUCAGCAAUGGAAUAAUCUACAACACAACUAGGGUAAUUGAAAAGCCUUAUUUGGAGUUAAUAGCAAGCAUGAUUAGUAACAAAACUCAUUGGGCUUUAGGCCCAUUUAACCCUUUAUGUAUGGAGAGAAAAAGCAACAAUAAAGGUAGACACUUUAGCUUGGAGUGGCUUGAUAAGCAAAAGGGUAAAUCAGUCAUUUAUGUAUCUUUUGGUACCACAACAGCUUUCAAAGAGGAACAAAUCAUAGAGCUUGCAAAAGGGUUGGAACAAAGUGACCAAAAAUUUAUUUGGGUUUUAAGAGAUGCUGAUAGAGGUGAUGUUUUCAAUGAAGAUUGUGUUAGAAGAGUCAUUGAGUUACCAAAAGGGUUUGAAGAAAGGGUUGAGAUGAAAGGUGUUGGGCUUAUUGUGAGGGAUUGGGCCCCACAAUUGGAGAUUCUAAGUCAUUCUUCAAUAGGUGGGUUUAUGAGUCAUUGUGGAUGGAAUUCUUGUAUGGAGAGUAUAACUAUGGGGGUGCCAAUAGCAACAUGGCCUAUGCAUUCUGACCAACCGAGGAACAGAGUUUUGGUGACUGAAAUCCUUAAAGUUGGGUUGGUUGUGAGGGAUUGGGCUCAUAGAGAUGAGUUGGUGAUGGCUUGUGUUGUGGAGAAUGUGGUGAGAAAGUUGAUGGCAACAAAGGAAGGUGAUGAAAUGAGGCAAAAUGCAAUGAAUUUGAAAAAUGAAAUUCUUGAGUCAAUGGAUGAAAAUGGUGUCUCUCGUAUGGAAUUGGAUUCUUUCAUUGCCCAUGUGACUAGGUAG